GAUGGAAAAUCACAUCGUCUGCAAUCAAGCCUGUUUUUGUUCAUUUUCCGUUGUUUUGUAUCAGCUGAAAGAACAGUAUUUGUUAAUCUGUGUUGAUUCUACAAAUGGAAUGAAUCAAAAUGAAGACGUUUUCUAAGUUUUAGAAGUUUUUGCAUUAGAUUUGUUUGAUUAAGUUUAGGUCUCGGCGUGCUAAAAUGAAUUUCCGCCGGAAGCACAAAUCGUCAAAAUGUUUUCCAGUAAAAAUUCUUACCCUAGACGCACAACUUGAAUUCAACCUAGAGUGUAAAGCAAAUGGAAGAGAUUUAUUUGAUCUAGUGUGUCGAACUAUUGGAUUAAGGGAGACCUGGUAUUUUGGGUUACAGUAUGAAGACUGCAAAGGAUUUUUGGCGUGGUUGAAAAUGGAUAGAAAAGUUCAGGACCAAGAUGUGCCCAAAACAACUCCUGUGCCUUUUGUAUUUUUGGCCAAGUUUUAUCCCGAGAAUGUUGCUGAAGAGCUGGUUCAAGAAAUAACUCAACAUUUGUUUUUCUUGCAAGUAAAGCAGAGUAUACUCAACAUGGAUAUAUACUGCCCUCCUGAAAUAUCAGUCUUGCUUGCUUCAUAUGCUUUGCAAGCCAAGUAUGGUGAUUAUGAUGAGGCAGCCAUGAAACCUGGUCUCCUUGGUACAGAAGACUUGCUGCCUAAGAGAGUUCUUGAUCAGUAUCAAAUGACAGCUGAAAUGUGGGAAGAAAGAAUAAAAAUUUGGUACGCGGAUCAUAAAGGUCUCAGUCGUGAUGAGGCUGAAAUGGAGUACUUGAGAAUCGUACAGGAUUUAGAAAUGUAUGGCGUUAACUAUUUUCCUAUAAAAAAUAAAAGGGAUUCCGAGUUGUGGCUUGGUGUCACGGCCCUCGGUCUGAAUAUUUACGAGCAAGAUAACAAAUCUGUACCGCGCAUUAACUUUCCCUGGUCAGAGAUCCAAAACAUCAGCUAUGACGACAAAAAGUUUGCCAUUAAACCAGUCGAUAAAACUGCACCCCCUUUUAUUUUUUAUUCGGAUAAGCAUCGAGUCAACAAAUUGAUCUUAGAUUUGUGUAUUGGAAAUCAUGAUCUCUUUAUGCGUCGGAGGAAACCGGAUUCAAUUGAAGUGCAGCAAAUGAAGGCUCAGGCUAAAGAAGAGAAACUCAGACGACAGAGUGAAAGAAAUAAGCUUGCACGAGAGAAGCAACUACGCGAAACAGCUGAACGUGAAAAAGCAGCCCUAGAGCAACAGUUAAUUCACUUUCAGGAAGAAUUCCGUGUAGCGAACGAACAGUUGAGGCGUUCCGAAGAGUCGGCUGAGCUGCUGGCCGAAAAGGCGCGAGUUGCAGAAGAAGAGUCAAUGUUGUUGACUCAAAAAGCCUCAGACGCUGAACAAGAGUUGCAAAGAAUUCGUUUAUCUGCCAUGAAAACCGAAGAGGAAAAACUUUUGUCUCAGAGACAAUUGCAUGAGGCGAAGCAAAUUGCCUCAAGGUUAUUAGAGAAUUCUGAGCGUUGUGCAGCAGAAGCAGAGCAGCUAAAAGGUGACCUUUUGCAGGCCCGUUACGCUGAAACUCAAGCCAAAAAGAAGCUACUAGAGUUUUUAACAACACAAGCUAGUGUUGCAGCCUUACACUCGGCAUCUCGUCCAAUUACACGCAUCCCGUCGUCCGCGUCUGUCCUGUCUGUUCCUAACUUGUUUCCGACAUCAAGUUCGUCGGUAGCUGGAUCAGACCACCAUUUACAUCAUCAGUCGGAUAUUCAGCAACAUUUACGACGACUCGACGAUGUCUCUAACGAAGCAAGUUUGCCGGCUUAUGAGGCCCGCCUUCCUAUUCCGCUGGCUAAUCAGCUUACUGGCCUCACCAACUUAACUGGCUUAAGUAGUAGUGGAUAUCUAUCAGCUAUUGCUGCUUCCGAACUGGUCAACUCUUCAUCCAAUUAUGACCUUAUGACUCAUGGCGAUAUGGAGCAACUCUCACUUGAAAUUGAGAAAGAGAGAGUCGAAUACUUGGAAAAAUCGAAGCAGCUGCAGGAGCAACUGAGAGAAUUACGUACAGAGAUUGAAGUCUUGAAAGUAGGUGAAAAACAAACGCUUUACGAUCAGCUACACGAAGAGCAACUCCGUUCAGGGGACGACAAAUACUCAACUCUCAAAAAGUCAAAAUCUGGAUCGACUGGAGCGCGCGUGGCCUUUUUCGAAGAGCUGUAGCUUAAGUCAUAUUUUUAAUUUUACUUUUGGCAAUGUGUUGUAUAUAAAUUUUUAAUUGGCUGACCAUUUUCAUGGGUGCAACUUAGUUUAUAAUCUUAAUUCACUAAGUUGCCCAUUUUCGUGAAAUCUUAUCAUCAUAGAAAUUAGACAAAUAGACUUUCAUUUUAAAAAACUUAA